GAUCUUGCUUGGACCUGCUCGGACCUGCUCGGACCCACUCGGACCUGGACACGCACGGACCUGCUCAUCUGCCCUCGCUUCCGACACCCUCGACGCCCACCCCAUGUACUCGCCCGGUGGCGACUCGCUGUUCGCGGACGAAGCCUCGCCACCCACCCUCGACCAAGACAGCGCAGACGAUGUCGACAGCAGCAGCAGCCCUCUCAGGUGGAAAUGGGGCUUUGGCAUGCGAGCCGGUGACCUCGUUUGGACGCCACUGGUCCAUCCAAUCUACCACGACUCGGUCGUCCUCUGGCCUGCCCGCGUCAUCCGCCGUCUCUACGAGACAGAUGUGCUUCAUCCAUCCAUCUCGUGGCUUGUCCACAACCCCGAAGGCGCAAUGCUUUCCGCGUCUCUCGCCGAGCUUGCCCAUCCGGACUUUGUUCUGCAUCCAGACCGCAAGAUCGAAAUCAUCCUCGACGAAAUCCAACGGCGAAAGGUCCGCCUGACCACCAACGGAUCUUACUCCCCCAGCUCUGCCGAUCCCCUCAGCCUCGCCAACAACCCCGAGUCCGACGCAGCCCAGUACUCGCCCUAUGUCGAAGACGGCUCGGUGCUUGUCUCGGACGACGGUGUCGAUGGCAUUGGCCGCGACAACAACAGAAACAGCAACGACGGCAAUGACGACGGCAACAACAGCGACAACAGUCAAGAUGGCACCGGCAAACGCAGCCCCAGCCAGCCGCCAAACUCGAAGCGAGUCAAGUAUGAUGACAACAAUGACAGCAAUGACAACGGUGGCAACAAUGCCGCAAGCCAGUUCGACCCCGCCCAGAUAUACAACUCAGACACGAACCGCGCCUCCUCGGCGCCGGAAUCCUAUGAGACCGUUUCGCACUGGCUCCCUGACCAUGCUGCGCUCGACUCACCGUCGUCGGGUGUCCCCGUCAGCAACAGCGACGAGCACGAUGGCUUUUUGUUCAUCACGAGCAACCGUUCGAUACCCAACAGCAACUCGGGCCUCACUUUGGAGCCUCCAAUGACCAUCAACUCGAUCGAGAUGCUUGAUUAUGAUGAGGACGACGACGAGGACGCCGACUAUCAGCCUCAGGACCAGGGCUCGCCCGUGUCAUCAAGCAGUGGAAGCGACUCGAGCUCUGAAUCCAACUCCGACUCGGGCUCGGAUGCGGAGUCCGAUGCGCUCCGCGCGGCACCUCUCCUUCCGGAAGAACAGAAAUCCCGCCGCCUCGCCAACCCUGAUGAGUCCGUCCUGAACGCAGCCGGCGACAGCGAUGGAGACACCCAAACUGAGCACCCGGCUCUCCGGGUAUCCCCAUCGGUCGAGCACCCUACCAUCUGGGAGACUGACUCGGAGGACGUUGAUUUCGAGCCCAAGGAUGAAGAUGACUCCUCGUCCACAUCGGGAAGCUCCGGGGACUCCUUUGCAAGCGAUAGCUCGUACGGUCCGACCGUCCCGCAAGUGCCCUUAUCCCCAGAUGGAUCCCGUGCCUCUACUACGCCGAAUGAGCUGGCUCUGUCCGAGUCCAGCAGCCCCACAGAGUUGCUGGAUGACGAGUUGGAGCUGGAUGAGUCCGAGUUCGGUCCGGACUUUCCCCAGAGCAUGGAAAACCUUUUGGAAAUGUUCCGCAAGUACGAUCUCGAAGGACAGGCCCAGUUUAUAGUUGAGCCACUACCCUUCCCAACUCGUCUGGAGCCGCUGAGAAAGAAAGUUGCCGGCAGCUGGAGACCAGAAACAGACGAAGAGAGCGCCGUGCGGCCUCGGAACUUUUGGCUCAAGGCCGAAACCUCGCUGAUCCCGUUCAUGAUGCACCUGCCGACUAUGAAGGACAUGGACGUCUACUGGAAUCGCGCCGUGAUUCAGGCCCUCGAUCUCUCCUCCAGCUGGGCCAUUCCCUCCGCCGAAGAAGACGUGGACCUCCAUCAACACUUGUGCCGGGCCGUCCUCGAGCCUGAUCCGGGACUCGGCGCAAAGGACAUUCUGUUUGGAUACCUCGACAGCUACAGCCCAUUGGACCGCCCGAUAGGUUCUGCAGUGGGAUCUGCGGUGGUGCCCCUGGCCGCCUUCCGGUUGGGUCCCGAGCGCAUCUGUCCAGGCGACCUGUGUCGGCUCAACCCGCGCUUGAUCGGCUCGCGCCUGACACGCUCGGAUAUGGCCAUCAUCAAGCAGCAGGAGGGCCACAAUGCUGCCUUUUUGAAGCAGGUCUUCCCGUCUGACGGUGCCUGGUGGGAGCGCAUGGAAUGCUUCGAAGUUCACUCCAUCACCGCGUACAUUCCUCCUGAGCCACCCCAGGAUGCCGAGUAUCGCCAGCACAUCUCGCCUCAAGUCGAGAUGCGGGGCCGCAUCUUGAUCGCCACUCGCAGGGUGGAUGUCAAGGGCAAGUCGAAGUACCGGCCCCACCGCAACCCGAACGAGUUUGACGAUGAGCGAAUCGAGUUUUCGUACACGGGCGAAGAGCGCAUCAUCGACCCCACCAAGGAUCUUUGGGGACGCAUCUAUGUCGAAUUUCUUCGAUCACCAAGGCGGUGCCGGGCGCCAUUCGAAGGAACGUUCGAAGGCGACGGCAACAUUGCUGUGAACGACAGGAAGCCGAUCGUGAUCAACUUUAGCUAGCGAGCGCGAGCAGUAGAGAUCCCCAAGUUUGCAUUUCGUGGAGAUCGACCAGACUCGCCACUGUAUCCGCCGGAACAGCGAGCAGGACGCCGGCACAGAAUCCGAUCGACGAGCAGGACGUCAUCGGAUCGAUGGUUUCCGCACCGGCGCGAGCCUGAAGCUUCGAUGGCGAUACAAAUGCUACGCAAAUGGUCAUGAUACUGACAAUUGAUUCGCCGAGAUUCGUGCUCGAUCCAACGAAAUCGGUACAAUGUUUAACGAGCAUCACACGGCCUGCUCUCGCUACCGCGCAAUCAGUGGCUGUUGCUGCUGCGGAUCACAUGUGUACGGAUAGAGAAUAUACAACUCUUCUAACAAAA